CAUUUUCACAACAUAGUAUUUUAUAUUAUCUUUAAUUAAUUCUCCGAGUUUAAUUAUUAAUUUAAUUGAAAGUUAGAAGGUGUAAUCAUGGAUGAAGAGUACGAUGUAAUUGUUCUUGGCACUGGCCUUAAGGAAUGCAUUCUCAGUGGUCUUCUUUCCGUCGAUGGCCUUAAAGUUUUACACAUGGACAGGAAUGACUACUAUGGAGGAGCUUCCACUUCUCUCAAUCUUAAUCAGCUUUGGAAACGCUUUAGGGGCGAAGACACCCCUCCAGAAAGCUUAGGUCCAAGCAAGGAGUACAAUGUUGACAUGAUACCUAAGUUCAUGAUGGCGAAUGAAGUAUUGGUUCGUAUACUGAUCCACACUGAUGUCACUAAAUAUCUUAGUUUUAAGGCAGUGGAUGGUAGCUUUGUGUACAACAAGAGCAAGGUUUACAAGGUGCCUGCUACAGAUGUUGAAGCUCUGAAGUCUCCUUUGAUGGGACUUUUUGAAAAGAGACGAGCUAGAAAGUUCUUUAUUUACGUACAAGAUUAUGAAGAUAAUGAUCCCAAGUCUCACGAAGGGCUGGACUUGAACAAAAUUACUGCAAGAGAUCUUAUUUCAAAAUAUGGGCUAGAGGAUGAUACAAUCGAUUUCAUUGGUCAUGCCUUGGCACUUUAUCUGGAUGAUAGUUACUUGGAUCAACCUGCCAUAGAUUUCGUCAAGAGAAUGAAGCUGUAUGCAGAGUCUUUGGCACGUUUUCAGGGACAAUCUCCUUACAUUUAUCCACUGUAUGGGCUCGGAGAAUUACCUCAGGCAUUUGCCCGUUUAAGCGCAGUUUAUGGUGGAACCUACAUGCUCAACAAGCCUGACUGUUCGGUAGUCUUUGAUGAUAAUGGGAAAGCUAUUGGUGUUUCCUCAGAAGGAGAAACUGCUAAGUGCAAGAAAGUUGUCUGUGAUCCAUCAUACCUAUCAGAUAAGGUACAUAAGGUGGGGAGAGUUACGCGUGCUAUAUGUAUAAUGAGUAACCCGAUUCCAGAAACCAAGGAUUCACACUCAGUUCAGGUCAUCUUGCCACAGAAGCAACUUGGUCGAAAAUCAGACAUGUAUGUAUUCUUCUGCUCCUACAGUCACAAUGUCGCUGCUAAAGGGAAACACAUUGCUUUUGUUACAACUGAAGCGGAAACUGACAACCCAGAGGCUGAGUUAAAGGCUGGAAUCGAUCUUCUUGGACCGGUAGAUGAGAUAUUCUUCGAUACUUAUGAUAGAUACGAACCUAUAAACCAGUCUGAAGACGAUAGCUGCUUCAUAUCCACUAGUUAUGAUGCAACCACACACUUCGAGUCCACCGUCAAAGAUGUCAUCGCUUUGUACAGCAAAAUUACUGGAAAGGAACUUGAUCUUACUGUGGACCUCAAUGCUGCAAGUGCUGCUCCUGAAGAAUGAGUCUUUUCCCUAAUAAUAUUGGCUAUUUAUAUUGCCUAUCACUUUUUUUCCCUUUUCCUUUCUCCUCUUGAUAUGAUAAACCUGUUAAGAACUAAACUUUUGCUACUUGAAUGUAUUGCAAAUUGAUUAUGUUUUAUUUAGUUCAAAGCUCUUUUUAAUAUAGUCAAGGUGACAAAUUGACAAUC